AUGGAAAACGCAGAGUUUGCCGAAGAAAAAGAGCAUAUUCACAAAGCGGCCGAAGUAAAUGGCUACGAAGAAGGAUUCGUGAAUAAAAUCCUACAAACACACCGACGCAAACGACAUAGACGAAUGUCAACAACGCUGCAACCAGAACGAGAAGAAAUCAAAAGAGUCAGCCUGCCGUUCUACCCAAAGAUUACCAACCCGAUCAAAGCAACACUGAAACGGCAAGGGCUUCAGGUUGUACAUAAAAGUGAAAACACAUUACGUGAUUUACUGUGCAAUUUGAAGGACAAGGUUCCUCCAGAUGAGAAUUCAGGCAUUUACAGGAUACCUUACCAAAAUUGCCCUUCAGUUUACAUUGGACAAACUCGCCGUAAGGUUAAAGUGCGCUUGAAAGAACACAAAGCUGCCGUUGAUAACGGAAAAAUAAGCGAAUCAAGUGUAGCCGCCCAUGCAAUCAGUUGUUACCACGUGAUCAAUUGGAAAGAAGCGAAAUUAAUUUAA